UUGUAAAAUUUGAGACUCAGUGAUUUAGUGAUUAGUGCGAUAUAACACAGUGAACGUGUUUACUUGAGCUUCCUUUCAACAUUAUCAAAUCCAACUUUACAAUGCUUAUCAGCCAAUAUUCCGGUUUGAAGCUAAUGCUUUUGAUGGUUGGACUGGGAAUGGCAUCCUCGUAUGAAAUUAUCAGACAAUGUCCUGUACAUUUCGUUUUCAAAAAUAACUAUUGCCAGUAUCAGCCCAUGUAGGGUUAAGAAUUAAUAACAAGAAAUAAAUAAUUUCUGAACAUUAAAGAAUAUUGGCUGUUUUAAUAACAGCAUUGCUUACUACUUUUCGAACUUUGUACUGAUUAACAGGAAGGGCGCACUUAUUGUCACUUUACAAGGACACUCUAUUGCUCAGAGCCCGGCAGCCAACCCAUAAAUUUGAAAGUUCUUUCCCUUUUAAAACAAUUUCACUUGGGUGAGAAUGUGGCUGUCAUAAAUAAAUGUAAUCAUAGUUUGGUUAGGCUUCUGGUAAGCUUAAAAAUUAGUCUGGAAUAUAUGUAUAUAUUAUACUAAAAUCUAAAGCUGUUAAAUAUUUUCCCUACUUUCCGGUUCUAGGAG